GUCAACAUCGACCUUUCACUCCAAAAAUUGCCCCUUUUUUCUCAUCUGCGCACGGUAGAAAAUUCCUAUUUAGCUAAUAAGCUGCAAUCUCUCUUCUCUCUCCUUUUCUCUUUUUCUCUCCCUCUCCUCGCCUGCUCUCUGUGUUCUCUGGUGUCUCGAUCUCUUCUGCUUGUACUUUGUUUAGCUGUGUGAUCUUUUUUAUUUUUUUUUGAGAUCGGAGAAGGUAUUGGCGGUUCGUGACGGAUGCAGCUGUAGGCGGGCCGCUACUGCUGGUGGGGACGCUUUGGUCCAUGUCAGGGCUUUGCUUGUGCAGUGGUAUCAAGAAGUGGAAUUUUAUCAUUUUGAAUGUGUCUGAUGUCUUCAAGCUGCCGAUAUUCAUUGGGAUUUAAUAACUACAAUGUGUAAUGCAUGCAAUGAUGGGCAGAAAGUACUGGGCCAUGGGGUUUAUUGUAAAGGCUGCAGUGCUUCCUUCUUUGUUGAUCUUGAUAAAAGAGAAUUUAAAUUAACUAUAGACGUAAAGCACCUUACGUACUCUCAUAUUUCUCUCUUGGACAAGUAUGCAACCGAUCAGAAUUCAAAAUUUGAAUUGAUUCCUAAGACUGACACUCCUACCUGCAGUUUUCCAGCACACCUCUCAAUGGAUCCUUUGAACUCUAGUUCUGAUAGUGGCAACACAAUAUCUGAGGUGAAUCCACUUAUCAGGAAAAAUGGAGAUGAAGCUAUUGAUAUUCUUCAAGAGCAACUAGAAAGAUCUACUAAACAUGGGGAAGUGACAAGAAGUAGGGUCUUUUCUGAGAUUUUCAGUGCUCCAACUUCUGAUAUUACAACUGGACUGGACAGAAUUGCAGAGGCCACAUUGUCUGGAGUAAGUUUUACAUCGAGAACCUUUGAAAGGUAUGAGAAUGGUAAAGAUGAGAGGCUUCAUCAAGUUGACACCUCUCAGCAAGAUCUUCAAUCUACCAGGUUAAUUGCUGGGGAUGAUUUUUAUAAGGUUGAGAAUGGUGUUACAACAAGUAGUUCAUUGAUGUUGUCCACUUUGAAAUCUGAUCCUCGCAUUUGGAAGCCACCAGAGGCAGCAAAUAUUGAGGAUGACAUGGAUAGUGUUGCAAAUAAUGAUGAUGAUGAUGAUGAUGACUAUGGGGAUGGCACAAAGUGGGGGCAAUCUACUUCUUUAGGUGAUUUUGAUAAAAUUCAGGGAAGUAGCUACAAAGAAGCACGCCAAAAAGCAAUGUUGGCGGCAAUGAAUGGGCAAUUUAAGAUUCUUGUAAGUCGUUUUUUGGCAUCAGAAGGACUUGCUUCUGUGGAUGAAGGUCAUGACCUUGGCUGGCUUGAUAUUGUUACUUCUUUAUCCUGGGAAGCUGCACUUUGUGUUAAGCCUGAUGCAAAGGAGGGAAUAGCUAUGGAUCCAGGAUCCUAUGUGAAAGUAAAAUGCGUUGCUACUGGUGCUCGAAGCCAAAGUCAGGUGAUCAAGGGUUUAAUUUUCAAGAAAAAUGCUGCUCACAAACACAUGCCAACAAAAUGCAAAAAUCCAAGGCUUCUACUGGUAAAAGGGGUCCUUGGGCAACGUGAGCUUGGAUUGUCAUCAUUUGAUUCAAUGGAUCAGGAAAAAGACUACUUGAAGUCAAUCAAUGAGAUGAUCGAAGCCUGCCAUCCCAAUUUGGUUUUGGUGGAGAAAUCUGUUUCACGUGAUAUACAAGAGUUUCUACUAGCUAAGGGAAUGACUUUGGUAUUUGAUAUGAAAAUUGCACGUUUAGAAAGAAUUGCUCGCUGUACUGGUUCUCAGAUUAUUCCUUCUGCCAACAUUCUUACUAACCGAAAUGUCACACAGUGUGACUCAUUCCAUAUUGAAAAGCUGACAGAAGAACAUAACACCUCUAAUGAAGUUGGCAGAAGGACAACCAAAACUCUGAUGUUUCUGGAGGGCUUCUCCAAGCCAUUGGGAUGCACGAUAUUGCUUAAAGGUGCUCAUAUUGAUGAACUGAAAAGAGUUAAACGAGUUGUUCAAUACACCAUCUUUGCAGCAUAUCAAUUGAUUCUGGAAACCUCAUUUUUUGCUGAUCAAAGUGCAUUAUUCUCUAACAUUGAUAGUUCAGAAGACAGUCAUGCAUUAACACAUAAAGCAGUUCCAACUAUUGCCGCAAGAAGCUCAAAUUUUACUGAUACUCCUGCUUCUAAUGGCUUUUUAAAUAAUUCAUCUCAUGAAGGGUUUUACACUGCACAUCUUGAUGCAAACAGAUCUUCAGAUGACUCAGAAGUUGCUGGUGAUUUUGAUGUUUGUGAAGAUAACUUUACUCAAGAACAUCUUCCCAGAAGUUUAUCCAAUGAAAAUGCAGUGAAUCAAUCUAGCUCAUUAUUAUCGUCCGAUCUUUCUGUACAGCUAAUGUCAUCUUUCUCAGCUUCCCUUACGAAAUUGCUGUCACAAGAGAACAGGUUGAGGCCUGUGACAUCUGAGUCCAUUUCAUCCUACCGUGGUUUUAAAGAGGAUGAGCAUGAUUAUCCAAGUUUGAGUGGCCUACCAAUUUAUUCAUCUGGGACUAUUGACGAUGGUAUAGAAGUAAAUGAUAACAUGAUGGCAGAGAAGCCAAACUAUGAAAGGUCUGAGACCAUGUCAAUUUUGAAUGAACCUGUUCAAUACUCUACUGCUGUUACCGCAAACAGAAGUGAAACUGAAGGCAAGGAUGACAGUGAUGGUGUAAUGAGUUCUGAGAGCAUAUUGGUUCUCUUGUCUAGCCAGUGUAUUGAGAAAGGGAUUGUUUGUGAACAGAGUCAUCUUUCUCGCAUAAAAUACUAUGGGAAUUUUGAUGUCUCUCUAGGAAGAUACCUUCAAGAUGUUCUACUCAACCAGAAACAUGUCUGCUCUUCAUGCGGUGAACCACCGGAAGCACAUAUUUACUGUUAUACCCACCAGAAUGGAAAUCUUACCGUUCUAGUUAGACAGCUGCCUUCCAGUUCAUCUUUAUCAGGAGAAACAGAGGGGAAAAUUUGGAUGUGGAGUCGAUGCCUAAAAUGUGAGCAUGAAAAUGGGAUCCCAAGAUCUUCGAAGAGGGUUGUGAUGUCCACCGCAGCUCGUAGCCUAUCCUUUGGCAAGUUCUUAGAGCUUAGCUUCACUAGCCACUCUGCAGCAAGCAGGUUAUCUUCUGAAUGCGGACAUUCACUUCAUAGGGACUGUCUUCGCUUUUUUGGAUUGGGCUCCAAAGUUGCAAUGUUCAGAUAUUCACCUAUUGAAAUUUAUGCUGCAUGUAAGCCAUCCCCAGUACUUGAGUUUCCUAUUCCAAGUGAACAAGAUUGGGUUGUGCAAGAAGCAAAAUCUGUGCUUCAAAGAGGAGAGCAAUUUUUUUCAGAAGUGGCAAACGUCCUGUACAAUUUGAAGAUGAGUUGUCCAUGUUCUGUCUCUGAGCAAAAUAAGAAUUUUUCUGGUUUUGUAAAAGGCAUCUGUGAAGCAGAAGCUAUAUUAAUUCAAGAAAAAGCUGAAUUUAAGGAUGCUUUGUUCAAAGCUAUCAACUGCUCUGGGCAACAGGAGAAGUCUGUAAAUGAAAUUAUAGGCUUGAGUUGGUUCAAUCAGGAGCUACUUCUCAGGCUUUACAUUUGGGACCUCCGUUUGCAUCACUUUUCACAAAUCAGCAAAGACCUAAUCAGAUCACAUGAUGAAAAUGAAAAAUAUAUGGGGAAAGGCAGCAUUGAAAUUGGUCAUAUAGUAUCUGGAGAACCAAAUCCUAUUCCCAUUAAUGUUCAGCGAUCCUUUUCUGAUAGCAGUUACAAUGAUCAAAAUCACUGUUAUCCACAACCUGAUGCAGUCUACAACUCUGCUGAAAGUUUCCAAAGUUCAGGGUUUGAUUGGAUGGAAUGUUCAAUGGAAGCAGCAUCUUUUGAUCCAUCUGCUGUAGAAAAUGCACCUACUGCAGUAUAUCAAAAUCCUCUCUCUAGUUCACCAGACAACACUUCACUUAAAGAGUACGAGGAAGAAUGUGCUGCUCUUGUUGAUCCUAUGCAUGAAGUUCACAACAUGGAACCCUCUGGAUAUAGUGAUACAUAUGACUUGGAGAUGAUGAAUGACAACAGCGCAAGUGGAAUUGGAUUAUUUUUUGGUUCUGUGAUGAAGGUACAGCUGUCAAGUCCUAAGGAAUCUGCUAUAUCUGACUUUGAAGACCCUGAAAGCUUGAUUUGGGUUCCUUUCCCUGAACUCCGCAUUGCAUUUAAAAAAGACCUAGAUGGUGGCUACUUGCACAGGUUUUUAUUCAUCCAUACUUACACUCCAAAAUAUUUGAGUCCUAUGCGUCAGCUCUUUCCCCAAGAGCAGGGUUUGUUGCACUACCCUGUUGGCACUAAUAGAAAGAUCAUGGCUGUCCGUGAGGAUGAAAUAUCCAGCAUAAUAGCCUGUGCAUUGGCCCUCUCUGAGGAGCAGAUUUGUUUGUUGGAAACUAUGGAUGCGAAGAAUUCAUUUGAAGGAAAAAUGGAGGCUGACAAGGAAAGUGAUAAUCCAUCUAACCUUGUCUCUGAGGGUUCUGUGACUUCAUCUCAUUGGUCAUCUAAUGGAUCUAUAGAUCCCGUAGGAAUGCAUCUUUCACAUAGCUUCUCUUCACUUUCCUCGGAUGAAUUUUUUUCCUUGACUUUAGAAAGUGCAUUAUCCAUGGAUCGUUUGAUAACUUCAGAAAAUCUUCAUCCUGAAGUCCCACUAGGCAUAGGAAAAGAAGGCUUAAAGAAGUAUUCUGUUGUCUGUAUCCAUGCAAAGCAAUUCUAUGCUCUUCGAAGGAUGUGCUGCCCUUCAGAACAGGCUUACGUAUCUUCCCUAGGUCGUUGCAGGAAGUGGGAUGCUCAAGGUGGAAAAAGCAAGGCCUUUUUUGCUAAAUCAAUGGAUGACAGGCUCAUCAUUAAGCAAAUCAAGAGGGCCGAGCUUGAUUCCUUUUUGAAAUUUUCAUCUAAUUAUUUCAAACAUAUUAAUCACUCUUUAAGCACAGGUAACCAAACAUGCCUGGCAAAAAUCCUGGGAAUAUAUCAGGUUAGACUAACUAAAAAUGGCAAGGAAAUGAAGAUUGAUCUGAUGGUGAUGGAAAACCUCCUUUUUGGCCACAAUGUGACACGCACAUAUGAUUUGAAAGGUGCUGUCUUUUCUAGAUACAUUUCAGAUGUAAAUGAUCCUGAGAAGGUUCUUCUGGAUCAGAACUUUGUGGAAGAUAUGCGCUUAUCUCCUAUCUAUGUUGGCGGAAAAACUAAACAUCUUUUGCAGCGAGCAAUCUGGAAUGAUACAUCUUUCCUUAAUGCAAUCAAUGUCAUGGAUUAUUCUCUGCUUGUUGGGGUGGAUAAAAAAAGGCAGCGGCUGGUAUUUGGUAUCAUUGAUUAUUUGAGGCAGUAUACCUGGGAUAAGCAGCUUGAGACCUGGGUGAAGGCAUCUCUGGUUGUUCCCAAAAAUUCAUUACCAACCAUUAUCUCCCCCAAGGAGUAUAAGAAAAGGUUCAGAAAAUUCAUGUCUAGAUACUUCUUGACAGUUCCUAAUUCAUGGUGUUCGACAGAGUGUUCGGAACCUUGCAAAUUUUGUACAGGUAGGAGCGACAAUCAAUCAAGUUCACAUGGUUCUGCACCUUCACAGCGAGAUGUUUGACUUUACUAUUUGUUUAUUCUUGAUUUUCAUAUUAAACUGCACCAUAUUCUUUUCUCUAGUCUUUGCACUAUGGCUUUGCGAUAACUGUAUAUAAUAAUCUAUCAAGCAUUCCCAAUUUUGCAAAUUUUUAGCAAAACCAUUGGGUAAGUUAAUCAUCUACAAGUAUGAUUAAUAUGUA